AUGAACGACACACCCGCAGUAUCGGUGGACAAUCCGCAGGGGAUGACAUAUUACAAGCUUAAACAGCGUUACAACGAGCUUAGCAACGAGAACCAGCAGUUGUGCCAAGAGAACUACGAUCUCAAGCGUAAUCUGCAGGCGGCCAAUCAGACGAACAGUUUCCUGUCGACCGAAGUGGAAUCCGUAGCUAGUGAAUGGCGCGACAAGGUGGAAAGCGAGCGGAUCACUGUCUGCAAAAUAACCGCGGAGCUGCAGUCCGAGAAGACGCGCUCAAAGCUCGAAAUCGAGGGUCUCGAGGAGCAAUGCGAUCGAAUGCGAAAAAGGAUCGAAAAGCUCGAGCUCGACCUCAAGCAGGCCGAGGAACAUGGCGCAGCCGUACAAAGUGGUCCCACGGCCACGCACAGCGAUUCGUUGCAGAUGGACAAUUUGGAGCUCCUAGAAGAGGUCGAAUCGUUGAAGGACACAUUGGAGCGGGUGAAUUUGUGUCUACAGCAGGCGAACGGAGAAAUUGCUCGACUGGCCAACGACAACACUGACACCAGGGAGCGCUACAGUUCGUUGCUGUGUAACUAUGAAAGCAAAAAGCAGGAAGUGGAAGAGCUGAACAGUUUGCUGGAGGUGGCACAGGAACAAGCGGCUAUGUUGACCGCCGAAAUUACCUCCAUGCGUGCCAACCCCGAUAACGAUUUGAACAAGAAGGGCAAUUCUCUGUUCGCCGAGGUCGAUGAUCAACGGAAAAAGCUAAUGAACAUCAUCGCUACGGUCAAGCAGCGCUACAAUGAACUGAAAACGGAACAUCGCAACUGUCCCGCCAAAAUUCGCCAGUUGAAAAACAUGAAUGAUAGCUUAUCUCGCGAUCUGCUCCCGUAUGUGAGUAUGUUUCGGCAGGCCGAGAACCGCUUUCGGGAAGCGCUGCUCGAGCAGAUCAACGAUAUGAGCACGCAGCUUCAGAAAGCCACCGAGCGGAACAAAUACCUGGAGCAGCAGUUGCGUGGUCAAAGUGCCGAAUGGGUCAACUCACUGACGUCUUACUACAAAUCUCAAACGGACAGUUUGGAGGCACGUUUGAAAGUGUUCCAGUUAAAGCAUCGCCUUGCCGAAGAGGACCACUGGCUGGCGAAGAAGGAUCUAUGCAAGUGGCGCAUGGAGGCGCUCCAUUUGCAGCAGAUGCAGUGCAUUCAACAACUGCAAAAGCUCGACGAAAGUGAUGCCGAAGACGAAUGUAACGGAGUGAAUCAAAGUGGCCAUCAAUCGGUGCGGCAAGAAGUUGUUCCUUUGGUUGCAGCCGUUGUGAAAGCGGAACCAGACGUGUUCGACUUGCGCUGCAUAAAAAAAGAACUUUCUUCAGAGGGCGAAAGUUUCGAGGAAAUUGAGUACAGCGUGAAAAUCACGUCAAACACUAAAGCUGAGAAUCUCAGUGACCAGUCACUCGAAACCGAUCUUUCGGUGAACGCCAAAAAAGCAACGACAAAGGCCGGUAUCCGGAUUGCCAAAUCUCCUGAUAUCUCUGAGUGGGCUAGUGCCCUGCUAUCGGGUCCGAAUGUGGACGGUUCUGAUAAAGAAAACGAAACCAUUGCGGAAGCAUCCUCGAAUCCAAAACUCGCUAGCAAUACGCAAUCGAUCAAAUCGGGUGGUGCCGUCAUCAUAAAGCGCUUCAAAAUUGGUUCGAAAAUGCCAGGGAGUGCAAAUACGAAUGCUUAA